AUGCUUCCAAGAUUCUCUCGCUCGAUUUUUACUAUACUUUCUCGGCGUUCUCCAGCCCCAAAGGCCCCAAAGCAGCUGGCAGCACCAAGUUCCCCUAAACCUCAGACCCAGGAACCCUCCGACAGGGAGAUGCAGCGAUACUUGUACCAGAGAGCGAAGGCUGAAGAUGAUGCUAUCGCUAAGUCAUGGUUGCGAAGAAUGUUUCGUCGUCCUACCUAG